AGCUGCUACAUCCGGGCUGCGGCGGCGGCACCUGCCGCGGCGGGGGCCUCGGUGACAUUGGGGCUCCCUGGUUGAAGGGGGAGGCAGCGCUGCGGAGCCUGCAGAGCGCGAGAUCUUCUCCCGCACGCGCCGAACCGCCGCUACCCCGGCACCACCGCCAUGGUGCUACGCGUUAUCCUCACCCACGCGAAGAAGCAUCCGGCCUUGAUCCCUCUGUUUGUGAUCAUUGGAUCUGGCGGUGUAGGUGCAAGCCUGUAUCUCAUGCGCUUGGCGAUGUUCAACCCUGACGUCAGCUGGGACAAGAAAAAUAACCCAGAACCUUGGAACAAAAUGUCUCCCAAUGACCAGUACAAGUUGUACUCGGUUAAUAUGGACUACAGUAGACUCAAAAAGGACCGUCCUGACUUCUAAAAACACCCUCAUGUCCAUAAGCUGCACAGAAAGGUCUUCCGGAAGCCACCCGCACAAGUGUCAUGCUUAAUCAUCCAGGAAACAAUGAAAUUUGCCUCACACAGCACUAGAUUAUGUGUUUAAAACUGUUUUGAUGAGGCAUAAUAAAUGUUUAAAACUUGGAA